AUGGAGAACGAGGAACUCUUUGCGGGCGAAUCUGCUCGGGAUGUGCAACAAGCCACUGAGAAUUUGGUUCAAGAGUCACGUCGCACUGCAGAAGGCACGAUCUUGCACGUGCACAAUGAGCCGCUCUUAGUCAAUAAUGACUCGGAUGAUGAAUGGCCGGAGGAAGUACAACAGCUUCGCGACAUAGACACCCGACCGCGAUGGAGAAGGCCGAGUAUUUACUGGUUACUACCAUUUGCACUGGCAUACACCGUUGGCUUUGGCGGCUUGGCGGUGCCUAAGAUUACUCUCAUGAGAGAUCUAGUAUGCCGCGAUUAUUUCUUUGAAAAGAGUAUUGGCGAUCCUACCUUCACCUAUCUCCCGGUAGUAUUCUCCGAAGACAACCCCCAGUGUCGAGUUCCCGAGGUUCAAGCCAAGGUUGCCCAGCUCCAGUUGUACAUAAACCUCAUUUCUGGCCUUGUUGCAGCACUGAUUAGUCCCUGGCUCGGUCGCUUAUCGGAUGCAUAUGGCCGAACCAAACUAAUCGCUGUGUGUGGAUUUUGCGCUGCAUGCAGUGAACUAAUCACUUGUUUCCUGGGAACAUGGCCCGACACUCUCUCCAGCAACCUUUUCCUCUUGGGUGCUUUGGUGGACGGGCUAGGUGGCUCUAUCACCGGUGCGCAGGUGUUGCUUCACUCUUAUGCAACUGAUUGUACGCCCCCUGAUCGACGGAGCGUCGCAUUUGGAUUAUUCCACGGCGCGCUUUUCUUGGGCGUGGCAGCUGGCCCAAGCGGUGCAGCGUAUAUCAUUCACAAGACUGGUAACGAGUUGAUUGUGUUCUACACGGGCUUCUUACUCCACAUAUUCUUUGUCCUGUCUGUACUUUUCAUCGUCCCCGAGUCAUUAUCCACAGAGCUUCAGCUUGUCGCUCGUGCUAAGCACCGCGCGAAGCCGACAUAUGAUGAACCAAAAUGGUACUCUUGGAAAGCUCUCAACCCGAUGAAAAUCCUGGCCCCUCUCAAGAUUCUUUUGCCCCCAACCGGACGUCCGAGUGUCCUUUUUCCAAACCAAAAAGGAGCCAGUCCAGCUCUGCGCCGCAACAUCAUCACGCUGGCCGUGAUGGACAUGGCUUUGUUCGGCGUCGCCAUGGGCACGGUACAGGUCAUCAUCAUUUACGCCGAGUACAUGUUCAAUUGGGGAAAUGUGGAAAUGAGUUUGUUUGUCGCGAUAGUCAAUGGUGUGCGUACCGUCAAUCUAUUCGUGUUCUUGCCCCUCAUCUCCUGGCUUUUCCGCACACCGACCGAGGAUGACGGCACAAUUCGUGGGUGCGAUACGCUGGACGUUAUGCUCAUUCGUAUAUCCGUUCUUUUUGAUGUUGUUGGAUACAUUGGAUAUGCCAUAUCGAAGACAGGGACUGCUUGGCUGGUCUCAGGUACCAUCGCCUGUCUUGGUGGAAUGGGCCCGCCGACAAUGCAAUCUGCACUGACCAAGCAUGUGCCGAAUGAUCGUGUUGGUCAGUUGCUUGGUGCAACAGGCGUUUUGCAUGCUCUUGCUCGGGUGGUUGCACCCACGAUAUUCAAUUUGAUUUAUAGUUUGACGGUUAGGUCAUAUCCCCAGACAGUCUUCAUAAUUCUUGCAUCUGUCUUUGGGGCCACGGCUUUCUUGAGCUUCUUCCUUCGACCAAAUGUGAGCCUUGAUGAUGUGCCUGCGCUUGAUAUAACGGUCGAGGCAAACGAGGAUGGGGAGAACGAGGAAGAUCAAUUGCUUCUGAGAUAA